UCAUGCCUCUCUUCCUUUCUUCACCACCCUUUCCGGUCAUGUGACUAAAUGGCUUGUUUGGGACCGCGCGUCUUUCGGUGUUGGCGCGUAUCUUUACAUUGCCACCAUUCCGUAGAGCCUCACACCUGACAACAGAGACACUUCACCGCUAAAGCUCUUCAAAGAAGUAGUAGAAAAUGUCCGACUGGACCAGACGACGGGAUGCUAACAACAGCGAAAUUGAAAAUAGGACCUAUGGCCCGUCGCGGUGGUCCAAUUGCAGGAAACGGGGCAUCGACGGAAGCCUGCGGGCCAACCGGGAGGGGCACGGGGCUGCCGGGGAUACCGACUGCAGCACCAAGCACUCCGACAAGAGGCAUGAUGGUUUCACAACUCCAGAGAGCACAGGCCCGGUGUCUCGCUGUAGCAAACAGGCUGACUGGGGCAGCCAGGUGGAGGAUGAUGAGAUGAGGAGGGGUGUACACAGAGACAUGCAGCGUUACAGGAGGCGGAUACUGGGUGCAGAGGUCACUCAGAGGGAGAGAAAGACCUCGUCUGGCUCUUCUGGGAGCUGUGACUCAAAAGAGGGAGACAACAUGGAGACUGAUGAGGCUGUGUUGCUACGGCGACAGAAACAAAUAAACUAUGGCAAGAACACACUGGCCUAUGACCGAUAUGUCAAUGAAGUUCCAAAACACAUGCGUCAGUCAGGUGUUCACCCAAAGACUCCCAAUAAGUUCAGGAAGUACAGCCGUCGCUCCUGGGACCAGCAGAUCAAACUGUGGAAAGUCAAACUGCACGCCUGGGACCCCCCAACAGAGGAUGGCCAAGACAAUGUCCUGGAUAACAUUGAGGAGCUGGGUCUUGGAGAUGUAAUGGACGUUGAGCUGGACUUCCCUAACUUACCAGACACCCAGAAUGCCUCAAUCACACACAGCCUUUCUCUUGACAAGGAAGACUGCUUAGGCACUCCAGUUAAAGUACAGAAGACUGAAAGUCCAGUUGAGCCUGAAAUGGCAUAGCUCAUCAUAGAAAAUACAUGUUCACCCACUUCUCCCUUCGACUCCCUCACUUCCCACAGCCCUCCAUGUUAAGCCAGAAGGACUCCAAGUACCUGGUACUGGUAAUCUGCUCGAAGCAAUGCUGCAACCACACUGUCCCCCAGGGGCGCCUCUGUUUGUACGGAAUGGUUCAACAUUGUCCAACAUACGUAGUGUUCUGCCUCCAGUCGUACUAGUGCUUCUUAAUCCAUAGGCUGGGAUCUUUUUACAGACUACUAAUCUGCUCAGGGAGUUGCAUGUUGAAUCAAGCUGUGGUCGGUAAAUGAUUUGGGAUUGAUGUUUGCUGAAACAAGUAGCACUGAUCUGUUGCCUGGAGGAGCAGACAUCCAACCUGUUCAUGUCCAUUAUGUACAAAUGUUAAAUUGCAUCCUGCUUAGAGUGACUGAACUCAAAUGCUUCUGUCACCUGUUUAAAGGAGAGGGGCAAACCAAAGCUAAAAUACUUUCCUAUUAAUUACUCUGACAGACCCCACCCUCUCCGCAAGUAUGUAUAAUUUUAAAUACCGAAAAGCAUUACACUUAUAUUGGGCUGUAAUUUGUUUUUAUAUUGGUAGUUUUAUAAUGCUAACUGCUGUGUUUAUUGUCGUUUCCUUCAUGUUGAGGACUUUCAAAUAAUAAAUAAAAAAAACUUGAAUGUUUCAGA